AGAACGCGCUCUCUACAACUAGGUAGAGUGUGGAGCCUCAGCCAAGGGGCCAGUGAGACUUCAGUCGCGCACCGUGUCCAAGUCAAACUGGAACAUAACAUCAUUGUUGUCGUGAAAAAUCCAACGCAGAGAAGGCCUUGGCUAUGGCUACGUCUAUACUCGGGGAAGAGCCACGGUUUGGAACUACCCCUUUAGCUAUGCUGGCUGCGACAUGUAACAAAAUUGGCAACACGAGUCCUCUUACCACUUUACCCGAUUCCAGUGCGUUUUCCAAAGGUGGAUUUCAUCCGUGGAAAAGAUCGUCAUCGAGUUGUAACUUAGGAUCGAGUUUACCAGGAUUCACUGUAGCGACAAGCCGAAGUACCUCCGGACUUACGACGACAACAGGCACGGGUAACAGCGCGUUUUGCUUGGCCUCCACUUCCCCAACCUCUUCUGCUUUCUCUACCGAGUACAGUAGCUUGUUUUCCAACUCGGCGAGCGUUACAUCUCAAGAAUCCGGACAGUCAGCCUUCAUUUCCAAAGUUCACACGUCGGCAGAGACUCUGUACCCUCGAGUGGGGAUGGCACACCCGUAUGAGUCAUGGUACAAGUCCGGUUUUCAUUCCACCAUCUCGGGAGAGGUGGCCAACGGUGCGUCCUCGUGGUGGGACGUUCACACAAACCCCGGUUCGUGGCUCGAGGUCCAAAAUCCUGCUGGCACACUGCAGACGUCGUUGCACUCGGGAACUCCACAAGCCAUACACUCCCAGCUCAGUGGCUACAACCCCGACUUCUCCACUCUCACUCACUCCGCUUUCAGUUCCACUGGAAUCAGCCCAACGGCGUCCCAUCUCCUGUCAACGAGCCAGCACCUGUUGACGCAGGAGGGAUUCAAAUCUGUGAUCCCCACAUAUACGGACACUUCCGCCGCCAACGCCAUGAUAUCUGGCGCCAGUUCAGGGAUAGGGAGUUCGUCCAGGUCCUCCAGGAGAUACUCCGGCAGAGCGACAUGUGACUGUCCGAACUGUCAAGAGGCAGAGCGGCUAGGUCCCGCCGGAGCCAGCCUGCGGAGAAAAGGACUUCAUAGUUGCCACAUUCCGGGCUGCGGCAAAGUCUAUGGCAAAACGUCUCACCUCAAAGCGCACCUCAGGUGGCACACUGGUGAGAGGCCCUUUGUGUGCAAUUGGCUUUUUUGUGGUAAAAGAUUCACCAGAUCCGAUGAGCUCCAAAGGCACCUUCGCACGCACACGGGAGAGAAAAGGUUUGCUUGCCCGGUAUGCAACAAGCGUUUCAUGAGAAGCGACCAUUUGAGCAAGCACAUUAAAACGCACACCGCCGGAGGUGGCGGCAAAAAGGGAAGCGACAGCGACACCGACACCAGUAACUUGGAGACCCCUAGGUCCGAGUCCCCGGAACUCAUUUUAGAAGGUGUAAACCCAAGGGUCUCGGUCAAAGAGCAGUCUCCUCAUCAUGAGUCCUGAGGGGUCUGAACCCACAAAUCUGCGAAUGACAUAAAAGCUAUUCAUACAAAAACAAUUUCUCUCCAAAACUGGUAGGUCAUAACAAAAGGAGAAAAAAAAAAACGGGUCAGGAGUUUGACGAACUGUUUUGGUAACGGUUUAAGCAUUUUUGAAACAUGAAAACGGACGUUUUGAAAUGAAACUCGUUAAUUGGGAUAUGAUUAUUGCAACCUAAAAGGUGAUUUCUAUACUGUAUCAAAACGGUUCACAACGAUCAAUUAAAUGUAGGCAACGUGUUAUAAAAGGUAUUAUUUGGUUUGCAUCGGUGCGUAAGGAAGUGAAUCCAACUGAACAGGGCUGGGAUUUGCGAGAUGAACUGUGUACAUAUAUCGACAAAUAACAUGAUAUUUUUCCUGUAAAUGUUCAUUAUGACUGUUUUGUGGUGGAUCCUGAAAUUCAGGGAGUUUUCUUUACUUUCGACGCACUUUGUGGAUGUCAGUAUGUAUGUAACACAGCUAUUUAAAAUUCAGUUACUCCUUUCUUUACCUUGAUAAAAAAUAUAUAAAUGUUUAAUUGUAUAAAGUCUCGCGUAUAAGGCUUUCAUUUUGUA